AUGCCAAGGUCCAUUAUUCAGAUGUUGGAGAGGAACGAAAAGUUUUUUACCAUACUGUAUGUAGAUAAAGAACCUAACACCAUUUCUAUUGAUCGGUUAAAAGAAUAUCAUGGGUACCGAAAAGAAACGGAAACCCAGAGAGAGGAAGGAAAAUCUGAAGGCGAAACACAAGGAAAAACGACUCUUAAUGGCCGAAAAGCGAAUUUUCUGAAAAAGGUUAAAAGUGUGGGAGUUUCCCGCCACUAA